AUGAUGUCAAAUUUUUUAUUCCAAAUAGCAUUGGAGCUGUUUUUCAUUAAUAAUGAGACUGUUAAUUAAAGGGCUUUAUAAUUUGUGUUCAUUUUGAUUAAUGUUAUUCUCUUUUAAGUAGAAUCAAUUAAAUAUGGCAUUGAUAAUGUAGAUUCUAAUUAUUCAUAUAUAAUUAUAAUGUACUUACUAAAUAACUAUUAAAAUUAGCAAAUUAGAAAGGCAUUUUGGUAAGUAAUUUCUAAAUUUCUACUCUUUAUUCUUUUUUUAAGCUUUUUUUACUCCAAAGAGGAUACAAAAGAGUAAAGAAGCAUUGAUUAUUAUUGUAAGAUUGUAAAUUAAAAAUUAAAUAUGGCAAUUUUUAUUUUCUUAUUGCAAGAGAUGAAAGGACAUUAAAUUUAGGAACAAAAGUAGAAUAUUUUAUCAACUAUUGAUGAAAAAAUAAUGCCAAAACAAUACCAAAAUUAAAAAAAGAAGGAAUGUAUAAAGCAAGAUACAAAAAGAUCUUCAUUUUAAGAUCUAAGUGAAAUACUUACAGAUAGAAAGUAAACUAUCUAAAAAUAUUAAUUAUACUAGUAAAUAGAUCAAAAUUUAUUGUUGGAUAUUUUAACUGAAGCAGUAAUUAUUAUAAAAUUUGAAAAAUCAGAAGAACCUCAUAUUUAUAAACCGCGAAUUGAUUAUUAAAAUUAAAUAAGUAGAGCUAUGUUUUAGAAAAACAAUUCAGAUUUGCUGUAAUUUUUUGAAAAAACAACAAGCGAAGUUUUGAGCGAUGACUCUCCAGUUAAUCCUAGAAACUCAUUAUUAUCUUUUUAAAGUUUCGCAUAAUAAUAAUACAAAAAUAUGAAAAGAUCUUCCAAAUUUAAUCCUUAAUAAUACUUUGUUACAGAAAUCAAGUAAGAUUAAAAAUCUGUAGGACUCCAUUCUGUUUCCCCAAGGUUAAGAUCCUUAACAACUUAAGUAAAAUCAAUCAUUUAAAUUAGCUUAAUACUAUUUAUAAAUGUUUACUUUACGUAUAUAAUACCAAGAAAGUGCGAUUUGAAAUAAACGGUAAAGUAGAAGCUUUGAUAAUAGAAACAAAUUUUGAGAUUGAUAACACGAAAAAAACUGUUGAAAUGCUUGUCACAAUAGGGGGUGAAGAUUUACUUCUUGUGAUUGCAAGAGAUGUUGUGCAUAGGAAAAACAUAAAGGAGCUUUUUGAAAUCAAUUAAUCUAAAUCUAAGAUCUUAUCUUUUGUAAGCCAUGAAUUUAGAUCACCUUUGAAUGUUAUGAUAAAUGUACUUUAAAAUAUGAUGGAGGAUACUAAUUUAAACAAUUCUUUAUUGCAGCCUCUCAAAAUAGUUUUGGAAAACUCAUAUUAUAUGCUAAACUUAUCAAAUGAUUUACUUGAUUUAGCAUAGAUUAAGAAUGAAACCUUUAGUUUAAAUCUAAAAACUAUAGAUAUCGUAUAAUUAGGAGAGGAAUGCAUAAAGAUGUUUUAAUUAUAAGCAGAGCAAAAAAAUAUAAAGUUAACUGUAAAAACUAAUAUAAAACCUUUAUUUAUAUACACUGAUAAAAAUCGAUUGAAAUAGAUAAUUAUAAAUCUUUUAGCAAAUGCGAUGAAAUUCACAUCAAAAGGAAGCAUUUCAAUUAAAAUUACAUAAAGAGGAUUUUUAGUUGAUGUUGGAGUUGAAGAUACUGGAAUUGGAAUCUCGUAAUAAAAUCAAAAUAAACUGUUUAAGGCUUUUGGAAAAAUUAAAGAUAGCGAAAAUUAAAAAUUAAAUGAAUAAGGGGUUGGUUUAGGACUUGUAAUAAGUAAUAAAAUAGCACAGUAAUUAUCUUAUGAUGCGUAAGGAUUAAAAGUUGUUUCUAAAGAUGCCACAUAAUUAGAUCAUGGCUCAUACUUUUACUUAAUAUUAAAAGUUUAAUAAUUUCAUGCAAAAAUAAAUUUAUCACGGUUGGAGAAAGUCAUAAUUCAAGAACAAGAGUCACCACUGCUAGAUAAGCAAAUUUAAUUAUCAUAAUUUAGAAUGACGUUUAAUAAUGGUCAACAUUCUUUUGCUGAUGAUUAAAAGUUGAUCGAUAAAAUUAAUUGCCAACAUAUUUUGAUUGUUGAUGAUAGCGUAUUUAAUUAAAACAUUUUAGAAAGGCAAAUACAAUAAUUGUAAAUGUAUUUAAAUCUAUUUUAGUACAAAAACUUAAAUUGAUAAAAAUAAUAGUGGUAUAGAAGCCAUAGAAUCUGUGAAAUCAAAGAAGUGCAAUUAAAAUUGUUAAGGAUAUAAUACUAUAUUCAUGGAUAUGGAAAUGCCUGGUUUAGAUGGAUUAUAGGCAUCUGCUUAAAUUUUAUAAUUUAAUGCAAAAAUCAAAAUAUUUAUAGUUUCUGGUUAUGAAAAAUCUCAAUUCGAUGAAGAAAGUAAAAAAAUUGGAAUUCAAGAAUUUCUAGUAAAACCAAUCUCUAAAGAUGUCAUCUAAAGGGUAAUUUUAGAGAAUAAUUUAUGA